AUGGCUUCAGAGGACUUUACCACCAUGCCAUCGGAGAUUAACUGGGAAGAGUUUUUAAGCCCACUCGUGGAGUUUAACAACGAGACCUCAGAUGGGUCUCUUCCUGAAGUUGAUUUCCCCAACAACUUCAAUGACCAAACUUCUGGCUUUGUUGACGGGAAUGAACUUCCCGAGGCUGUGGCACCACCUACCCAGGAGGUGGAGUUCAAUAUCGAUGAGUACUUCGAUAUCGAUGAGUUCCUGGCUGCCGCAUAUGACGGCGGUUUAAUUGGAGAAGGCCAACCUGAGAUGGCCAAUGGACAAUUCCAGGAGGAUUGGUCCUUCCAAAAUGGUCCCUUUGAGCAGAUGGGAUUUGAACAGCAGGACCCAGUGGCUGCCUUCAACCCUGCUUUCAUGGCUCCUCCCGCCACCCCUUUCGUCACUGGUCCCGUCACUCCUUUCAUGGCUACUCCCGCCACUCCUCUCGCCCCCGCCUCGGUCACCCCCCUCGUCUCUGCUCCGGUCACUCCUUUCGACCCUGCUCCCGCCACCACCCCCAACCCUAUCCCUGGCACCAACAGCACCAACAGCACCAACAUCAGCAACAUCCCUCCUACAGACGGCAGCGGCAGACCACAUAUCUGCCCAGACCCAAAAUGUGGAGCGAGGUUCGCCAAAAGGUCCGCGCUCAAUACUCACAUGAGAUCCUCAAAAGCCCACCCACACCAGCAUAUCAUAUGCCGCUGUGGAAAGGGCUUUGACAAGUACGGGCUUACGCAGCACCUCAAACAGCAGGUGAAAAGGUGCAGGGAGAGCCGGGCGGAUUUCCGGUGUCACUGUGGGCUUGCCGUGGGUCCUAGAGCGGAGGAGGAGAUUCUCGAACAUGCUUAUAAUUGUUCGAGAAUAAGGGGCAAAGCUGAUCAGGAUGAUCAGUAA